AUGAACAUAUUUCUGUUGUGUUCGAAUAUAUUAAUUUUAUUUCCACUAUUCAUACAUUUUUCAUUUGUCUACUCGUCAACAUCAUGUUCCAUAUUUCUUUCACUCAAUUGUUCGUGUUUUGAAUCAAAUUUUGAUUUAAAUUCAACACUAUUAAUUAAAACUUAUUCACAUUUAUACUGUCAAGGAAAUUUUUUAACUGAAAAAACUUUUCAAGCUCCAUUUGGCUCUGAUUUUAAUCAUCAAAACCAUUUUCGUACCAUUUCAAUUGAAUUUUUUACUGAAAAUCAAAUAGAAAUUCAAUCGAAUCAAUUUGAUUCUUUAGAUUUAUUGUUUUCUAAAACGGAUAAUAAGUAUCAAAUAAAUAUUUUUCUUCGGUUUAAUGGAUUUAGUCAUAUUAUAUUUCACAAGUAUUCAUUAACUUCAACAAUAUUUCAACAGCGACCCCAAAAUAAACGCUUAUGGUUGUAUUUUAUACCGAUGAGAAGUAAUCUAACACAAAUUGAGCUUGAAGAAGAAAAUUCAACUAAUAUUGAAGAUCAAUUUUAUUUUUAUCCAAAUUGUUUUUCUGGUUUAACAGUUUCUCAAUUAACAAUUUAUAUUCAUACGUUAGGAGAUCGUUUCCCAUCAUUAUAUUCGUUUGAACAAAUAUUUAAUAAUACAAAUAUUGGUGAACUUCAUUUUCAUGGAUCGAUUAUUCGCCCGAGUUCAUCUUCAUUAAAAGAAUCAUUUAAUGGUCUUGUUCGAUCGUUAACACUUCAUCGUCAUGUUGAUAUUAUUGAUGCAAAUACGUUUCCAUUCUAUUCACAUGUUUAUUCUUAUACAAUUCAUUCAAUUGAAGCACAUUCAAUGAAUCUCAGCUCAUUUUUACCGUCUCAUAGAAAUUUUCGUGGAUUAGAAAUAAUAAAGCCACGUUUUCAAAUUACUAUUGAUCAAUUUAUUCCAACAUUAGAUUCAUUAACAAUCGAUGUUGAAGAUUUCAAUUCAAAAACUCUUUUUGCUGCUCGUCAUAUUUAUAAUUUAAAAUUAGGUUCAAGUCUUCGUACAAUUGAUCCUGAAACAUUUCAUUUAUUAUCUAAACGAUUACAUCAUUUAGAUUUAUCUGAUAUUAAUUUAUCUCAAAUGAAAUCAUAUUCGCGUUGUCAUCUUAUUAAUUAUCUUUCUAAUAAUUAUCAGCAUCGUGUAAAUAUAAUUUUACCUCAAGUAGAAAAUUUAACUAAAUGUGAUUGCGCACGACUUUUUAUAAAACAUAUUCAAUUAAGUGAAAAUUUUAAAAAAAUAUACAAUUUUUCAACAUGUUCAAAAUUAUGUUAUUUUAGCGAUUGUCCAACGAUUAGUGAAUAUUUUAGAAAGGUUUAUCCUUUAUCUAUUGAUGAAAAUUCGCUAAAUGAUAGUGAUAUUGAAACAAUGAAUAAUAGAAAAUUUUCAAAUGAAUUUUUACCAUCAAUUGAUAUAUUUUCUGAUUCGGCAGAUGUUCAAAUGAUGAAUUUUCUUGUAAAUCAAACAAGUGAUCAAGAAAAAAAUCUAACUCAAAGGCAAUCAACAACACCCAUAGCAACUUUCAUCGAUGGUAUUGUAGAUAAUAUCUCGGUAAUUGAAAAUAUUCAAGAAUAUGAUGAUAUUAUUACAUUUUCAACGCCAAAAUUUUUCGAACCAUGGAAUAAGGAAGCUGUUCAACCAGAAAAAGAAUUAUUCUAUCCGAACAAGAACCAAUCUUUUUCUUGGCUUUUACUGUUUGUUGGCAUUGGUCUUGCACUUCUUGUUUUAAUUAUUGUUACUCUAGUUACAUUUUUCUGUAGGCAACAUCGAAGAAACCAUUAUUUUAAACAUUUACCAGUCUAUGCUUAG